AUGCUUUUUUUGAUAUUCUGUCUGCUGUGGUCAACAGCAGCUGUAUUAUCAAAAGAAGACGAUACACAACACAAUCGUUUUUCUGAAUCAUUCCGCAAAGUUUGGCAAGCUGCUCUUGGACAUUACGGACCACAGUCGGACUAUAAUAGACAUGGGCGAGUUAACGGUUUUCCCGGUUAUCAGUCGCCAUUUUUGGAUGCACCAGAAGACUUUGAUGAUACCAAAAGACAAAUAAUAAAUCUUAUGAAACCAAUGUUUAAAGCCAAAACAGUGUCAGUCCAGAGGAAAGCAUCAAGCGAGAGUAAUGAAGACGCGAAUAUUGAAAAAGAUUAUGAUAUAGAUGAUACUCCCAUCAGCACUUUAAGACUGAGUGAUUCAAGAGAAGCGUCAGUCUCACCAGUUAUCAACAAUGACAAAGAUUUGGCAAGUAGAGAAGGAGGUGGAAAAGACUCAACUCAAAUAAGGAAGAAGCGAGGAUCCAGCGCGCAGACCUUGAAGAAAAAAGAAGGCGAAAAAGAUUUCAUGAUUUUGUUAGCAGAAGAUGAAGCUCCAGAUACGUCUGAAGUUGAAGAGAAAGCUGUUCACGUAAACACUGCUGGGCAAGUUCAGACUACUUUAGCGACUACUACUGUAAAACCAAAACAGAAAAAUAAACGUGGAAAAAAACACCUUAAGAUGCUGAAAAACUCUAAAAAAGAUAAAAGUUCAGAAAAAAUUAACAAACCAGAAGUCAUUGAAACUUCUAAAUCCGAUGAUGAUGAGAAAUUGAAACGUGUGCAAGUUUCUGCAGCAAAAAAACUACUGCGUGUAAAAGAGUUCAAUGGGACUGCUCUUCUUCAUAAAAAACGCCGUACUCAAAGCCUUAAAAAGAACCAAAAAAAAAUUCAGCAUGACACUGAGGUAAUACCGCAUGUGAAACUUUAUGUACCAAAAGCGAAUAAAAAUGUGACCAAGGUGUUUGGUGUUCGGGCUAGGGGUAGAAAACUGCAUACAGUUCCUGGCCGUAGAAGGUUGAUAGACAUUCGUGGAAGACGAAAAUGGAAGAGGCCAUCAAAGGGAAAACCAUUACGAAAACCAGUAAAGUCGACUCAGCCAAUCAAAAAAGCCAGACAGAAUCUAUCUGUCAGACGCGUAGCUUUUGCUGGAAGGAGACAGAACAGAAGAAGACUGAACAAUCGAGUAGUAGCCAAAUAUCGUAAGAACAAUAGGCUAAAGAUGCACGGCACCAAUGUUAAAAGAUUCCAUUCAGUUAGCCGGCGUAAAGACGUGAAAAAAACUUCUGUUGCAAACUUUCAUUCUAGGAAUCAUCGGCGAACCGGAAUAAGAGACAGAACAAAGAGGCUAUCGCCAUCAUGCAAAAGUGUAUUCAAAUACCUCGUUUCUGACGACGGACCUUCGCAGGUGGAAGCGGCUUUCCAACAGGAAUUAGAACAGUUGCCAUGGUCUGAACAUAGUGCAGCAGAGCAGUUAAUCGCUGAAUUACACACAAAAACAGUGUUGGAUAUGAAGGCUAAUAAAGCUGAAUUAAAUCGGUUGAAAACCAGAGUAAAACUUUUGCAACAUCAUCCAAUAGGACGUCGUAUGAUUAGCAGUCGUAAAAUUGCUGAAUGGGGAAGUUUAAAAGAUUUUGUUCAUUGUAUGAAACAAAUCUAA